UGUCCAUGGAAAACAUUGGUGAACAAGUUGUGUGCCUGAUGGCUUAUCAUCUACUUUUUGCAAUGUUUGUCUGGUCGUACUGGAAAACUAUCUUUACAUUACCAAUGAAUCCUUCAAAAGAAUUCCAUCUCUCUUAUGCAGAGAAAGAGUUGUUGGAGAGAGAACCAAGAGGGGAAGCCCAUCAGGAAGUUCUUAGGCGAGCAGCCAAAGAGCUUCCCAUCUACACCAGGACCAUGUCUGGAGCAAUACGAUAUUGUGACAGAUGCCAACUCAUAAAACCAGAUCGCUGCCAUCACUGUUCCGUCUGUGAUAAAUGUAUUUUGAAAAUGGAUCAUCAUUGCCCAUGGGUGAACAAUUGUGUUGGAUUUUCAAAUUAUAAAUUCUUCCUCCUUUUCUUGGCUUACUCUCUGCUGUACUGCCUUUUUAUUGCUGCUACAGAUUUACAGUAUUUUAUCAAAUUUUGGACAAAUGGCCUACCUGAUACUCAAGCCAAGUUCCAUAUUAUGUUUUUAUUCUUUGCUGCAGCUAUGUUUUCUGUCAGCUUGUCUUCUCUGUUUGGCUAUCAUUGUUGGCUAGUCAGCAAAAAUAAAUCUACAUUAGAGGCAUUCAGAAGUCCAGUGUUUCGGCAUGGAACUGAUAAGAAUGGAUUCAACUUGGGUUUCAGUAAAAACAUGCGACAAGUUUUUGGUGAUGAGAAGAAGUAUUGGUUGCUGCCUAUUUUUUCAAGUCUAGGUGAUGGCUGUUCCUUUCCAACUUGCCUUGUCAACCAGGAUCCUGAACAACCAGCUAUUCCUGCAGGACUGAAUUCAACUAAAAAUCCUGAAAAUCAUCAAUUUCCUGCAAAGCCAUUGAGAGAGUCCCAGAGCCACCUUCUUACUGAUUCUCAGCCUUGGAUAGAGAGCAGCACAAAUCCAGGAAAAGGCAAAACUGGUAUGAGCAAUCCUGCAUUAACUAUGGAGAAUGAGACUUAAAUCUUCAAGCAAAAUAUAUUUACAUUUUAUAAAAAUACCAGUGCUGUAGAAGAAUGGAAGAGGCUUCCCACAGGAAGGUGCCGUUGGCCAGUUGUUCCUGUAUUCAUUUGGCUGGAUGGAUACACAGCUUACUUUUUCUCUCCUCUCCUUUCCUCUCCUCUCCUCUACUUUUUCUUUCUUUCUUUCUUUCGUUCUU